AGCGCGCGCGGCGGAGGAGGGCUCCCGGAGGCCGCGGAACAGCGACCGCCGCCAUAUUAAGGAUCGCGGAGGCCGGGGUCCCGUCCGCGGCGGCCGCGGCCGGACCAGUGGAGCUGCGGGCGGCUGAGAGCGGUGCGGCGCGGCGCCGGGAGAGGCGGGGUCGGCGCAGCCAGCGGGCGACCGGAGCGAGCCAGAACAUUCUCCGGCUGCCUCCUCUCUUCUCACUCGUCUACCGAGAAGUCUUCUGCGGAGUUGAGCACAGUGGGAAGUGGGUGUGAGCUCUGCCACGUGGUGCUGUUGAGCCCCGCCCGCUGUGCACACAGGCCAGCAGGGCUGACCUCGGCCGGCGGGCUGGGCCUGCCCUGUGUCACCAUGGACCAGGACUAUGAGCGGCGUCUCCUCCGGCAGAUCGUCGUUCAGAAUGAGAACACCAUGCCUGGCGUCGCGGAGAUGCGGCGAACCCUGACGCCGGCCAACUCGCCCGUGUCCUCUCCCAGCAAACACGGGGACCGCUUCAUCCCCUCCAGGGCCGGUGCCAACUGGAGCGUGAAUUUCCACAGGAUCAAUGAGAACGAGAAGUCCCCCAGCCAAAACCGGAAAGCCAAGGAUGCCACCUCCGACAACGGCAAAGACGGCCUGGCCUACUCUGCCUUGCUGAAGAACGAGCUGCUGGGAGCCGGCAUCGAGAAGGUCCAGGACCCGCAGACGGAGGACCGCAGGCUGCAGCCUUCCACGCCUGAGAAGAAGGGCCUGUUCACGUAUUCCCUCAGCACCAAGCGCGCCAGCCCUGACGAUGGCAAUGACGUGUCUCCCUACUCCUUGUCCCCGGUCAGCAACAAGAGUCAAAAGCUGUUGCGGUCACCACGGAAACCCACCCGCAAGAUCUCCAAGAUCCCCUUCAAGGUCCUGGACGCCCCGGAGCUGCAGGACGACUUCUACCUGAACCUGGUGGACUGGUCGUCCCUCAACGUGCUCAGCGUGGGGCUGGGCACCUGCGUGUACCUGUGGAGCGCCUGCACCAGCCAGGUGACCCGGCUCUGUGACCUCUCCGUGGAAGGGGACUCGGUGACAUCUGUGGGCUGGUCUGAACGGGGGAACCUGGUGGCCGUCGGCACGCACAAGGGCUUCGUGCAGAUCUGGGACGCGGCUGCGGGAAAGAAGCUGUCCAUGCUGGAGGGCCACACGGCCCGCGUCGGGGCGCUGGCCUGGAACGCCGACCAGCUGUCGUCCGGGAGCCGCGACCGCAUGAUCCUGCAGAGGGACAUCCGGACGCCGCCCCUGCAGGCCGAGCGGCGGCUACAGGGCCACCGGCAGGAGGUGUGUGGACUUAAGUGGUCCACGGACCACCAGCUCCUCGCCUCAGGAGGCAACGACAACAAGCUGCUGGUCUGGAACCACUCGAGCCUGAGCCCCGUGCAGCAGUACACGGAGCACCUGGCGGCCGUGAAGGCCAUCGCCUGGUCCCCGCACCAGCACGGGCUUCUGGCGUCCGGCGGCGGCACGGCCGACCGCUGCAUCCGCUUCUGGAACACGCUCACCGGGCAGCCGCUGCAGUGCAUCGACACGGGCUCGCAGGUGUGCAACCUGGCCUGGUCCAAGCACGCCAACGAGCUGGUGAGCACGCACGGCUACUCACAGAACCAGAUCCUGGUCUGGAAGUACCCGUCCCUGACGCAGGUGGCGAAGCUGACCGGGCACUCCUACAGGGUCCUGUACCUGGCCAUGUCCCCUGACGGAGAGGCCAUAGUCACUGGUGCUGGGGACGAAACCCUGCGGUUCUGGAACGUCUUUAGCAAAACCCGUUCGACAAAGGUAAAGUGGGAGUCUGUGUCAGUCCUCAACCUCUUCACCAGGAUUCGGUAAAGUCUCGGGCCUCACCGUCCGUGUCGGCAGAGUCCCACCUCUCGUCAGCGUGCAUGGACCCUCCCCUCCCCAGCACACAGUCCCCAGAGGACGCAGCCGGGGCGGGCGGGGAGUCGGGCCUGGAGGACCCCGAAGAUUCUCAUUAAAGCCUGAUUGCGAACCCUGGCAGCCGGUGUUUGGGGCGGGGACGUGGCCGGGCCCCAGCAGGAGAGGGGGCCCCGGCGGGGACCCAUCUGUUGGGCUGUUCUGCUGGGAGCACGACGGACGCCUCCUGGGACCCAGCCUGCUUCCGUCUCCGUCCGCCGCGGCAUCGCCGGGGCUCGUGCUCCUCCGAGAAGUACGUGCUCACCGCCGCCAUCGCCACUCACGCCUGCAGGACAGACGGCGGGACGCCAGGCCGGUCAGCUGGGGCCGGGCGGACGGCUGGGGUUGGCCCACGGAGCAGAGGGACAGACAUCUGACGGGUUUCUCUGCGGCCAGCACGGCUGCCCUUGCCCCGGCGUCCGUGCCGCUGACUUCUCUCGGGGACAUGGCGCCACAUCUGGAGUGGGCCCCGGGCAGUGUCCGGGCCGAAGGCGGUCAUCAGGAGCCGGACUUGUUGUCUGAGGAGAACGAGUCGGGUCCGCUUGCUGCGUACCUUGUGCGUACCCUGAUCCCGCGCUGUCCUUGUUGCUGACGGGGUCACGGCCUGUUUCAUCCCCAAGCCAGACUCGGGCGCUUGUGGCCUGCUGGGCGGCCGGUCAGGGUGACCCAAGGGCAGACUCGACCCCAGAGGCUGUGUCCUCUGGGCAUCUGGCUCCUGCUCCGCAGCCCAUUCCCCUUCUCCCAGGCCACCCCAUCGAGUCCUGUCCGUCUGUGCCAUUGGCUGUGGGGCAGCCAGGGAGGAUGUACCCAUAGGUCCUUCCAGAAACUUCCUGAGCCUCCCCCAGCCCACCCUAUGGUUCUCGGGUCUGUGCCCAGCUGCACAUGGGCCCGUCCCCUCCUGCCUCAUCUCCAGACCAGGAGCCGGGGGAGGAGGGAGGGACGGCCUGCGUGUGGUCAGGGCGUCAGCAGCCCCCCCCCCGCCCCCUCGGCCCCCCCCCGGGCACUGCAGAGUGGAUGGGGUGGGGCAGAGCCCCUCCAGGUCCUCAUGGCCUCGUGCCCCCGCUCUGUUGGUUGUGUGUGUGCACGUGUAUAUACGUACUUGUGGCUCUUCA